AUGGAAAAUAAUAUAACUGCUCAACAAGCAGGGGAUUUACCUCCUCGCUCAGUCUGCAGUGACAACUGCGUGGCUGGGUUUUGGAAAGUGCCCCAGAGAGGUCAGCCCGUUUGCUGCUUUGACUGUGUCCUGUGCCCUGACGGGACAAUUUCCAACCAAACAAAUUCUGUCAAUUGCUUUAAUUGUCCAGAGGAUCAAUGGCCGAAUAGCAAGAGGACCAUGUGUAUCCCUAAAGUCAUCGAAUUCCUUUCCUACGAGGAGCCGCUGGGGCUGGUCUUGGCCUCGUUCUCUGUUGUCUUCUCCCUCGUUUCGCUGAUGGUCCUGUUCGUCUUUAUCAUGUUUCGGGAAACUGCAAUGGUUAAAGCAAAUAACCGUAAUCUCAGCUAUCUUCUCCUGCUCUCCAUGACUGCCUGCUUCUUCUGUUGCCUGGCAUUCAUCGGCACCCCAGUCAAGCUGACCUGUACUGUCAGACAAGCCCUCUUUGGGCUUACCUUCUCUGUAUGUAUCUCCUGCAUCUUGGCCAAGACCAUCAUUGUUGUCAUAGCCUUUAAAGCCACUAAACCGGGGAGUAAUUUGAGGAUAUGGGUUGGUUACCAAACAGCAGCACUUGUGGUCUUCAGUUCCACCUCUGUCCAGGUGAUUAUUAUCAUGGUGUGGCUGGUCAUGUUCCCCCCAUUUCUGGAAUCCAACACACAACUGAUGGUGGGUAAGAUCCUCUUGGAAUGUAACGAAGGAUCCCUCGAGAUGUUUUACUGCACUUUGGGCUACCUGGGUUUCCUGUCCCUGGUCAGUUUUGUUGUGGCUUUUCUAGCCAGAAACUUGCCGGACAGUUUUAACGAGGCCAAACACAUCACAUUCAGCAUGCUGAUCUUCCUCACUGUGUGGGCAUCCUUCAUCCCAGCCUAUCUCAGCACCAAAGGGAAAUAUGUGGUAGCCGUUGAGGUUUUUGCCAUAUUACUGUCAACUUUGGGACUUCUGGGUUGCAUAUUUUGCCCAAAAUGUUAUAUAAUCCUUUUGCGGCCAUCAAUGAAUACCAGAGAGCAUUUGAUGUCAUCAAAGGCAACAUAAACCAAGGGUUUUAUACUAAUAAAGGACUAGCAAAGACAAUGAGAUCUUUAUUAAAAGAGAGUAACACUUAAUUUAGCUUAUAAUUAUAGCAUGUUCUUCCCUCACAAUACCAAACCAUUCUAAUAUUGAUAAAAUAUUGAUCCUACAAGCAGCCGCCAUCUUGUAUUUAUAGAUGCAGGUUCAUUGGAAUCAUGUCACUUAUAUAUGCUAAAAAUGGAAGAUCAUUAAAAUCACAAUUUAUUACUAUACAAACCGAGCUACAUCGUUCACUUACUAAGGGUGUAAUCUCUAAAGCACUGAUGGCCAAUGUCUGGCACCGCAAUGCAGCUGUGAUAGACUACAUUUCCCAUGAUGCCCAGCCUGUCUCUGGGUUGUCUGAGCAGAAAAUGAAAUGUAGUCUG